AUGUUCGAGUCAAUUAAGCAGUCCGCCCUCUACCAGGAGCUUAGUCUCCGCCUGGUCUUCAUUGGGUGCUUCGUCUCCCUAGGAGCCAUGGGCUUUGGGUUUGAUAACUCCUGGUGGGGAGGCGCUCUUGGUCUGUCGCCAUUUGGUAAGAAGUAUGGUUCAUGGGAUGCCGCCGAGAAUGACUAUAGCAUUCCCUCCGAGAAACAGUCGGCUGGUACGGGCACGGGAUCGGCUGGUAUCAUCAUCGGUUGUCUUGUUGCUCCUUGGCUCUGUUCGACCUUCGGCCGCAAGCCGACCCUGCUGGUCAUGGCCGGUAUGUUGACCGUGGGUGUGGUGCUGGAGGCGACUGCCGUUACUUCUUUCUGGCAACUGGUGGUUGGUCGUAUUGUGGUCUACUCUGGAAUUGGUCUCGCCUCCAAUGUGGUUCCCAUGUACCAAUCAGAGUGUGCGCCUGCAAAGAUUAGAGGUGCAUUUUUGACUGCAUACUCGUUCUGGAACACUUUCGGUUCCUUCCUGGGGACGCUGGUUGUUUACCUAUGCCAAAACUUGAAGAACGAGUGGGCUUACCUCACCGUGAUUCUCUGCCAGCUUAUGGUUCCUCUGGGAAUCGUCUGCUCAUACCCCUUCCUUCCGGAGACACCGCGUUACCUUGUCUACCGAGGACGAUUUGAAGAGGCCGAAGCAGCCAUCAAAGACCUGUACGGGUCCAACUAUAACGCGCUUGAGGAAGUCCAGCUCCUGCGCCUUCAGGUUGAGGAGCAGCGAGAGCUCCACAAGGCGACUAGCGUCAUGGAUUGCUUCAAGGGCUCAAACUUACCACGAACCAUCGUCGCCAUUGGUGUCCAAAUUCUGCAACAGGCCCAGGGAGUCUCCUUCAUCAACAACUUUAUCGUGACAUUCAUGAAGCAGCUGGGCUUCGCCGAUCCUUUGAAGUACAAUGUGAUUGUCAUUGCAUGUGGACUGGUCGCUAACGUCAUCUCCUUCUACACCUUUGACAAGAUCGGUCGGCGCACCAACAUGUUCUGGGGUGCUUUUGUCAUGGGAGCCAUGAUGUUGGGUGUGGGCGGUACCACUGCCAACGGCUAUUCAGUCCUUUCUCCCAUGACCCAAAACGGUUGCGUCGCCAUGCUCGUCUUGUGGUAUGUCUUCUACGGACUGUCCUGGGGCCCUGGUGUGUGGAUCCUCGGUGGAGAGAUUGGAACUGGCCAGCUGCGUGAGCAUACGCUGCUUUUGUCGUCGCUGGGCAGUUUCGUCACCUCCGUGCCGAUCAACUUUGUCAACCCUUACGUCCAGGCUGCUAUUGGAGGUCGUACUGCGAUCAUCUACGGCAGUUUCUCUGUGGCUGCGAUGGUGUUUGUGUACUUUUUCCUGCCUGAGACUAAGGAUCGGUCGUUGGAGGAGUUUGAUGAAAUGUUCCAGCAGAAGGUUCCCACACGCGAGUUCAAGGGCUAUGUUUGCACUGGCCUGGGUGCUCAAAUUCGGCAGCUGGAGAACAAGGAUGGGGCGGAUAUGAAGACCAAGGAGAUUGAGCAUGUGGAAGCUGCGAUCUGA